UUUUAGCAGUGACUCAAUGAAAAUGUAGAAUCUUUGGUGGAUGUCCGUUACAAAAUCUAUCUACAUCCUCUCAUUACUUCUGGCAACUCCUUGUUUAAGAUUCUCUGUGAAAGAAGAACAACAAGGCGGGGCUUACGUUGGUCAGCUUACUAACCUUGACAAACAAGGAACUUACUGCUUCACAUCUUCAUGUGGCUGGUCUUCAUUAUUUGCUUUGGAUAAACAGAAUGGGAUAGUGACCACAACAGCAUCUAUAGACAGGGAAUCGUUAUCAUCUUCUGUAAUUACAUUGACUUUGUCGGGAACUGACAGUCAAGGUAGUAAUGUCCUGGAGGUCAUUGAUGUGACAGUUGAAGAUAUAAAUGACAAUAGUCCCACAUUUUCUGCCCCAGACUAUACCUUGAUUGUAUCUGAAAAUUUGGGUCCACAAGUGUUUGAUCUGUUAUCCUGGAGUGAUGACGAUGAAGGUGAAAAUGGUAAACUGAAGAAAGCACAGAUCUUGGAUAUAUCAGAUCAAAGCUGGCCCUUUAUACCUGAGAUUAAAACUAGUGGAACGUUUCAGCAAGUUGUGUUAAAGAUAACCAAAUCGCUCGAUAGGGAAAAGGUUGAUCAUUACGAAUUCACUGUAGAGAUAGAAGAUAAUGGGUAUCCUGCUCUAACUGGAACUUUAAACGUUAUUAUUGAUGUUCAGGACAUCAAUGAUAAUGCACCAUCCUUCGAGAAAGAUAAAUAUCAAUUUGAUCUGGAUGAAAAUGUCUCAAUUCCUUUUAUGAUUCAUCAAUUUAUUGCAACUGAUGAAGACUCUGGGGACAAUGGUGAUGUUAAAUACUCAUUAUCGCACAAUUACAAUCAAGCUUAUUUUAGUAUUGAUGAGCAAUCUGGACAGCUCUCUUUGACAUCAAAAAUUGACUAUGAAACCAGUCCAAGAAUACGACAAGACGUCAAAGGCUUUACUCUGACUGUGACUGCUCAAGACAUGGGUGUGUCUUCUAGACAUGCUUCAACUUCAGUUGAGAUUGUUGUUCGUGAUGUCAAUGACAACAGCCCAAUAAUAAAGUUUUACAGUCCUUUCAUGACAAAUUCUGGCAGUGAUACCGUUGAAAUUCGAGAGAAUAUUGCAGUUAAUUCUUAUACUGCAACAAUUAUUGUAAGUGACAAAGAUAGUGGUGUCAACGGUGACUUUGAUGUGGUUAUAGAUGGUGGCGGUUUUGGGAGCUUCAAACUUCAAACAUCUCCUGGUUUGCUCAUGCUUACAGCUGACCAUUUAGACAGAGAAGAAAGACAUACAUAUGAGGUUGUCAUCAAAGCAACAGAUAGAGGAACACCAAGUCUGCAAACUACGAAAAAUCUGAAUGUGAAUAUUUUGGAUGAGAAUGAUAAUAGUCCCAGUUUCACAAAGCCACUUUACACUAAAAGCAUUGCAGAAGAUGUUGUGAUAGACACUGACAUUCUCUCUGUGAAGGCGUUAGAUCCGGACAAUGGUGUCAAUGGUUCGGUUUUAUACAGGAUUGAAUCCCAGACAGGUGGUAACCUUUUCAAGAUAUCAUCGAGUGGUAGCAUCUCCAAUUUGAAGAAGCUUGAUGCCGAAAUAAAUAAGUUUCAUGUAUUAAACGUGUCAGCAUCAGAUGGAGGAAAUCCAUCGUUGAUCAGUUUUACAGUUGUAAACAUCACAGUCACGGAUGUAAAUGAUAAUACACCAGUUUUUGAUAGUUCUCUGUAUACAUGUAAUGUUCCAGAGACAAAAACAAAAGGCUUGGUAAUCUGCUCUGUUUCAGCUAGUGAUCUUGAUGGUGGAGUUAAUGGUGAUAUCGUAUUUACCAUUGUCCAGACUGAUAGUCCAAACUUUUCUAUCGAUGGUUCAACGGGGGAUAUUACACUUAUAACUGCCCUUGAUUAUGAACAAACAGAAGUGCAUCAAUUGACCGUCAAGGCAUCCGAUAAAGGUAGGCCGGCAAAAUAUACGACUUGUGAAGUGAUCAUCAAUGUGCUAGAUGUAAAUGAUGAGACUCCACAGUUUGAUCCAGUUAUUUAUUCAGCCACAAUCCCUGAAGGUGUUAUGUUCUCGAGCAUUCUGCAGCUCUAUGCUCAUGACAACGAUAAAGACGAUAGCAUCAAAUUCUCUCUCACUUCUGGUGAUAUAAGCUAUUUUACAAUUUCCCCCUCUGGUGUUAUAUCAAACACAGAAGUGCUGAAAUAUUCAGACUCAAGCAGUACAUAUAAUUUCAAAGUUUCAGCUCACGAUACUGCAGAUAAUGAAGCAUCUCCUUCUGCUUCUAUCAGUGUCAAUGUUGUUGAAAAGUCUCCUGAUUUACCUGUUUUUUCAAAAGGUGUGAUCAAGACAUCAGUUGCAGAGGAUUCUCCAGUAGGACAUUCUGUGACCACUAUCAAUGCUUCUACAGAAUCAAGCUGCACUAUUUCGUACAGCCUCGCUUCGCAAUCUGAUUAUUUUUCUUUGGAAUCUGCUACCGGCAAACUUAUGAUCAAGAAAGAGAUUGACUAUGAGAUGAUCAAGAGAAUCAGCUUAUCUGUGAUUGCUACCUGCAGGUCAGUUGAAGGCCGUGCGACUAUUGAAGUGGAUAUCUUAGAUGUCAAUGAUAACUCACCUGUUUGCGAUAGCAUGGGCACGACUUUUGUCAAAGAAGACACUCAGGUUGGAACAGUGGUUUAUACUAGUGUUUGCCGUGAUAUAGAUUCUGAUGUGAAUGGGAAACUUUCAUACAGCAUAACAUCACAGACUCCUCUCUUCUCGAUAUCUAUAAACAAAGGAGAAGUGUCGGUUGCUAGUCCAUUAGACAGGGAAACAGUAGACUCUGUAACAUUAACUAUCAAAGUUUGUGACAACGGGGUCACUUUGAAAUUAUGCAGUGACUUUAGUAUAACAGUUCAAGUCACAGAUGCGAAUGAUAAUGCACCAGAAUUUCUUGAUCCCCUCACAUUUUACGUGAAAGAAGAUGUCAAAGUUAACCAUGCCAUUGGAAAAUUGAAAGCACUUGAUAGAGACGAGGGCAAGAACAAACAACUUACCUUUACUGUCCUUAACUCCGUUCAGCAGAUCAAAGUCUUUAGCUCUGGUGAAAUUGUUGUAAACCAGUAUCUUGACUUUGAAACAGUUGACAGAUUCUUCUUGAAUGUGAGAGUCGAAGACCAAGGUGUACCUUCUCAGAGUUCUGAAUCUAUUGUAAAGAUCAUUGUUCAAGAUGCCAAUGACAAUGCCCCAAUAUUUGAGCAACAAAGUUACAACUUCAACGUUCAGGAACAUCAGUCAGUGCCAUUCGUUCUAGGUGCUGUUGUGGCUACUGACAAAGACUCGGAUGAAAAUGGAAAAGUAUUUUACUCACUUUUAGAUGGUAACGAUGUUUUCAGUAUCAAUUCCACGUCUGGUGAACUUACUUUGAUUGGUACAGUCGACUAUGAGAGUUCAGUCAUUUCAUAUCAAAUCAAUGUAGAGGCUUCUGACUCCGGAGAAAUCCCCCUAAAAUCCAAGGUUCUUGUCGUUGUCAAUGUGCUUGAUAUCAAUGAUAAUGCACCAACGUUUACCCAAGAUAGCUAUUCAGUUUCUAUUGCUGAGGAUAUUGCCAUAAAUUCUAAAAUAUUUGAAGUGACAGCAUCCGAUAGAGACGGUCCCAAUAACAACCAGAUCACAUACUCAUUUGAGCAAGUGCAAGACAAGUUUAGAAUCGAUUCUUCUAGUGGGAGCAUUUUCACAACAAAACAGCUUGAUUUUGAGCAGAUUCAAAGUUACAAUAUUGUUGUGAUGGCUGAAGAUAAUGGCUCCCCAGCGUUCUCCUCAAAAGCAAGUUUGGUGAUUGUACUAUCUGAUGUCAAUGAUAAUGAUCCGAAAUUUGAAACAGAUCUCUUGGAAAUAGGUGUAGUAGAAUCAACUAGUCCUGGCACCAUUAUCAAAAGGAUCCAGGCUACAGAUAUUGAUUCAGGAAACAACGGUAAACUUACAUACGCCAUAGUUUCAGAAUCAGAUACAGGAAUUUUCUCAUUGGAUAGUUCUUCUGGUGAUUUGACACUGCUAGGGAAACUUACUUUUUCUGGGAAUGUUUUCAAGCUAGAAGUAGAAGCUACAGAUCACGGAAGUGUACAACGAUCUUCAUCACAAGACAUUGAAAUCACAGUGAUAGAUGUUAAUGACAAUGCACCAGUCUUCACUGAUGGAAUAUCCUCUGCAAAUAUUGUUGAAAACUCGCCCAAGGGAACUUAUGCUUUUCAAGUUUCAGCAAGAGACCAAGAUUCUGGACCAGCUGGUAUAGUCAAUUUUAAUAUUUCAUCCCAGUUUUUUAGCAUCGAACGGAUGACUGGAAAAGUUACUGUUAUAUCCAAUAUUGACAGAGAAAGUAACGAAACUCUGCUAGUAACUGUGUGUGCUACUGACCAAGCAUCACCGGUAUCUGAGCAACUAUCAGUGUGUAAAGACAUUGUUAUCAGAGUUCUUGAUGUCAACGACAAUGCCCCUAUCUUCAAAGAUCAUGAAUCUAAUAUUUUUGUACACGAGAACACAAAGGUUGGUGGAAAGAUAGCAACCAUAAAAACAUCAGAUGCUGAUUACGGAUCUAAUGCUACUGUCUCCUACUCGAUUGUUAACGAAACCCCUCGAGGAAUAGUUUCUAUUGAUGCAGAUUCCGGGGAACUUGUCCUCUCUAAAUCAGUAGACUACGAAGAAGAUGAGAACGCUGGCUCAUUCACCAUAGAAAUCAAAGAUCUGGGCACUCCCUCUUUGAAAAGUUCCAAGCAAUUUUUCCUCCUUGUGCUAGAUGACAACGACAAUGUACCUGUAUUCACCAAUCCUUCAGCUCAAAGAUCUGUAUACUUGUCAUCUUUCGUGAAAGCAGGAAAUGUCAUCUACAAAGCCACAGCAACAGAUGCAGAUAGCGGGUUGAACGGUAAGAUAUAUUACUCAUUGCCCAACACUUUCAAUGGAAAGUAUAGCAUCGACGAGAAUACUGGAGACAUAACAUUGAAUGUAAAAGUGGAUAAAUCAUUCGAAAAUACUCUACUGAAGGUGAAAGCUACUGAUUCUGGCGUUCCUGAACUCGCCUCAAUCAUGGUUGUCAAUGUGGAAUACAAGGAUAAGAAUGUCAAACCAAUUUGUCCUGGUAAGUCCUAUGUAACAGUUCCAGAAGAUCAAAUGAGUUUCACUACCUUGUUCAUUAUCGAAUGCUAUGACUUGGAUUGGGGAGAACGGGGACUGUUGACGUAUUCCAUUCUGAAUGGAAACCGAGGGAAUGUCUUCUCUGUAUCUACUGAUGGAAAAGUUAGCUUGACUCAGAAUAGGCUUGAUUAUGAGCAGCUUAACUUGUACAGCCUUGUCAUUCUUGUUGAAGAUCUCGGAGAGCCAUCACUGAAAGAGCUGUUUAUACUCGAUAUUAAAGUGACAAAUGUCAAUGAUGAAGCACCCGUGUUCACCACAGAAGAAAUUGUGUUGACUGUCAGUGAAGGAGUUGCAGUGGGAACUUUGUUGAAUACUGUCACUGCAUCAGAUGCAGAUGGGGACACAAUUACAUACUCCAGCUCGACUGUCACUGAGGAUUGCAAAGGGCUCUUCAAUCUUAACUCACAAACUGGACAGCUAACUCUAGCGAAAGAGAUUGAUAUAGUUUUGAUGAACUCAAUCGACUUGUGUGAAAUAUCCGUAAGUGCCAGUGACGGAGUGUUUACUACGGAGACUUUGAUGUCUAUUUUGAUUACAGAUGUUGACAAUAAUGCACCUAUAUUCUACUCUUCCCCAGCAUUCACAGUAAACUUAGCCUCCUCAAAUGUUGUCGGAGCAGUUGGAGCUAGUGAUUCAGAUUCUGGAGAUUCAGAUUUGGUCUACAUAAUCUCAACGACCAAAAGAUCGGCAGGAGUUGUAGUCGAUCCAAACACUGGUGUUCUCUCAUGCCCUGACUCUGCCUGCACGGAUGGUGAUGUUCAAAUCAAAGCCGCUGGACGAACACUGUCAACAUCAAAGGUGGUUUCAAUAACAUUAGAUUCGUCCUCUGUUCAAAAAAUAUUUUCUUACUCACAGUAUAGCUUCUCGGUAAAAGAAUCGGCAGCUGUUGGUUUCAUAAUUGACAGGAUCAGUGUUCAAAAGGUGCCUGAUAAAAUGACCAUAGAAGGUGGAAAUAAAGGACUCUCAUUCAGAGUUGAGAACAACAAUUUAAUUGUCAGCAAAGAACUUGACUUUGAAGUGUGGACUACAUUCGAUCUCACUCUCUGUGCUGUUUUAGACUCAGUUUCAACAUUUUCAACGGUGGUAAUAUCAGUUGAAGAUGUAAAUGAUAACAUACCAACAUUCCGUCCUUCUUCUUUGAGAAAGGAGGUAAAGAGCAAUGUUUUAAUUGGCACAGAAGUUUUUGAAGCGAGAGCUACAGACGCUGAUUCUGGACUAUCUGGUCAGCUUCUCUAUUACUUAGAGGACUCGGUCUUUAGUGAGUACUUCAGUAUUGAAACUCAAACGGGCAUUAUUAGCGUCAAGAAAAGUUUGAGUGAAGCUCCAUUGGAUAUGGAUAUUCAAGUUAAAGCAAAAGAUCAAGGCUCCCCUGCUAGAACAUCCAACAGUUUCAAUCUACUUAUCAAGAUUGUACACAAGCCUCUUCCUCCUCAGUUCAGUAAACCAUCAUAUGAUUUUGCUGCUUAUGCUGAUGCUUCUGCUUACUCUCUCCUUGGUCAAAUUGAUGUCGUCAACAACAUACAUGAUGAUUUUCACUAUGCUUUCGAGGAAGAUAAUCAGUAUUUUACCAUUUAUUCCGUAUCAGGAAGUAUCCUUCAAAAGACUCCGAUCUCGAAUAAUCAAUUGACAGAGAUUCAAGAAUCUGUAAAAGUUGUGUCCAUGGCAGAUCCAACUGUGUUUGGUACUGUGAAGGUGAACAUAAGAAUCAUUCAAUCGAUCUGCACUCCCAAUCCAUGUAAAAAUGGAGCAGCUUGUAUAGAUUCUGUUGAUAGAUACGAAUGUGAAUGUGUAGAUGGAACUGCUGGUAAAAACUGUGAAUGUGUUGACGAAAAAUGCACAAACAGUGGCUUUUGUUUUUACAAUUCUACAAUGAGUGAAGCUAUGUGUCUUUGUGAAGACGGAAUGUAUAGGGACAAUUGUAAGAAAUCGAACUCAGUCCUCUUGAUUGCUGUAAUCGGUGGAGCUGUAUUUGUUAUUCUUGUGAUUAUCUUAUCUGUUGUUAUCUACUGUUGCUGCGUCAGGAAGUACAGGAAGGGUAAGGACAAAAAAGCGGCAAACUCAGAUUUCGAACAUGCAGUGAAUGGUACCAGACUUGGCAGUAACAAAAGAUUAAAGGGACAGCUUCAUUUGCAGGAUAACAUCUGCAUGAAUCCGAUCAACAUUUCAAACUUAGAUGUUGAUUCAAAGAUCGGGUAUCCAGAGUAUACCUACACCAACCAUGAUUACGAUCUGGACUCACCCCUUCCUCUUCAGUCUCCUUCUGUUGAGUUCCCACCUCAUUCUUUCCAGUAUGCUGCAUCAGACAGCGGCCGUUCAUCCGUGUGCACUGAGGCUGUCAUCUUCAGAAAGUUGAAACAAGUUGAUGAGCCCAAUUCAGUGGAAUCUAAUAGAAGAGACAAAGACUCUGGCUUGGCCGGGUCCCUCAAUACUUUGUGUCACUUUGAUAUGGACUACCAGUUCAAUGAAGACUAUUUGCAUGACUGGGGUCCCAAGGUUCAGAACAUAGUUAAUUUUUUAGAUUUGGAUGAUGCUGUUCUCGACGAGGACAGUCCAGUAAAAGAGGAAUUUGUAUAAUUGUGUAA